GUUAAAGAUUGUCUGCUGUGACAGUCAUGGAAAGAAUGAGUCCCGCCCCCCUCAUUAAAUAUUACGCUGCGUGUCUUUUCCCCUCCAGCAUAGAGCUACUCUGUACAUAGGAAGUCACGGGCCGCCGCUUGAACUGCACGACAAUGAGUUAUCCAGGCUAUCCUCCCCAGUCCGGCUAUCCUCCUCAGGCGGGUGGAUAUCCACCCCAACCAGGCGCGUACCCUCCUGCUGCAGGAGGUUACCCCCCUCAGCCUGGGAUGUACCCCCCGCAGGCGGGUGGAUACCCUCCCCAACCCGGAGCUUACCCUCCCCAGCCGGGCGCCUAUCCCGGCCAGCCUGGGCCGUAUCCUGCUGUGCCUUCAGGAGGUUGGGGUGCUCCCGGUGCUCCUAUUGGCCUGGAUAAUUUACCGAAUCCUGGAUUCAACGCAUCAAAUCUCCCGGCAAUGGCAAAUCAGUUCGCUGCCAAUAGUGGAUUUAACCCAAACCCAUCCAUGUUCUCUCAAGUGCCUGGUGGCUAUCCUGGUCCCCAACCUGGGGGCCCACCAGCCCCCUCCCCUAACCAGCCCUAUGGCAUGUACCCUCAGCCAGGAGGAGGUAUGCCCCAAGGUCCGGGAAUGGGAUACCCUGGCGGGCCACCCCCGGGUCAGCAGAUGCCGGGGUACCCAAAUGCCCCAGCACCCACUCCGUCCAUGCCAAGCUAUCCCAAAGUUCCCUCACCCAACCCGUCCAUGCCCGCAUAUGGAGGAGGCUAUGGAGGAGGUGCACCAGCCGUUCCAGCUGUCAAUCGUGGAUUCAGAGGCUCCAUUCAGGACUUCCCCGGAGCUGAUCCUCUAAAAGAUGCGGAAGUCCUCAGGAAAGCCAUGAAGGGCUUUGGCACUGAUGAACAAGCCAUCAUUAAUUUGCUCGGCAGCCGCUCCAGCAAGCAGCGUGUUCCCCUCUUGGUGUCAUUCAAGACUGCCUAUGGAAAGGAUUUGAUUAAGGACCUGAAGUCUGAGCUUUCAGGAAACUUUGAGAAACUGGUGCUGGCCAUGAUGAAGAGUCCAGCGCAAUAUGAUGCAUAUGAGUUGAAAGAGGCCAUCAAGGGAGCAGGGACAGAUGAGGCCUGUCUUAUUGAAAUCUUGGCCUCUCGCUCUAAUGCAGAGAUCCGAGAAAUCAAUCAAAUCUUCAAAGCCGAAAACAAGAAAUCACUGGAGGACGCCAUCAGUGGAGACACAUCCGGACAUUUCCGCAGACUUCUGGUCUCUCUCGCUCAGGGUAACCGUGAUGAGAAUGAGAAUGUGGACAUAUCUUUAGCCAAACAGGAUGCUCAGGCUCUUUAUCAAGCAGGGGAAAAUAAACUUGGCACGGACGAGUCUAAGUUCAAUGCCAUCCUGUGUGCUCGGAGCAAAGCUCACCUCAGAGCAGUGUUUAAUGAGUACCAGCACAUGUGUGGAAGAGACAUUGAGAAGAGUAUUGAGAGGGAGAUGUCUGGAGACCUGGAGAGCGGCAUGCUGGCUGUCGUGAAAUGCAUCAAGAACACACCGGCCUACUUUGCUGAGAGACUCUACAAGGCCAUGAAGGGAGCAGGAACCAAGGACCGCACUUUGAUCCGCAUCAUGGUGACCCGCUCCGAGGUGGACAUGCUGGACAUCCGUCAGGAAUACAUGAAGAAUUAUGGGAAAUCUUUAUACACGGCCAUAUCUGGAGACACUUCAGGGGAUUAUAAGAAACUGCUGCUGAAGCUCUGCGGAGGAAGUGAUUAGAGGAUACAGAGGACGCCUUCCUUUCAUUCGCACUCUUACAUACUUGCAUGUUUUACCCUAUUCAGUGCAAAUGAACUUGUGUGCGUAUAUGCUGCACGUUACAUUUCAGGCUCUUUUACUAAUGUAUUUUUAUUUUGAGAGUAGCCAGCUAUCUCUUCAUGUGCCUUCUAGCAGUGGCUUAGCGUUUCCUCCAAGUAUGCUCUGUUUGCAGGUUGAUUUAAGAAAAUCCUGGGUGAGGUAUUGUGCACAGAUCUGAAUGCCAAAAAAAUGUUUUUACACACGAAAUAUAUACAUAUAUUAUUGAAAAUGUGCCAUAAAUGUUUGGUUUAGUCAUCAAAACGGACAUUUUAUAGUAAAGAAAUUAUAUUUACUGCAUCUUAGGCAUAAUGCACUGUUUUUUUUUACUAUACGCACUUCUUUUGUAACCUUUACGAUUGUCGGCAAAGUGGUAAUGAUGGUGCUGUCUUUGUGUUUUUUAUUUGUUUACUCUGUACAGAAUCAAACACACAUGCAAAAUGCUAAGUAAACUCUGCCUGAAAGAGA